CGCACAGGUGUUUCGUUAGAUUUGGGAUUUCCUCUCCACCUCUCAUUUCUCUGUACUGUGGCAGAAAGGAAAGUCAGUCUUCCUUGUUGCUUUGUUGGGAUUGGAAGAUCGCAGCAGAUCGCGCAAUCCCAUCGACAGAGGCUUUCUCCCUUCUUUCCUCUUUCUUGUUUUGAUAUCACAGAAUAAGUAAAAAAAAAAAAAAAAUCCUUGGACUUAACUAAUUUGCUCUUCUAAGCCCAAGUGGUCUCUCUCUCUCUCUCUCUCUCGACCUCCAGUUGCUUCCCUAAUUGAUCAAUUUUCACCGUUAUUCUUUUUUAUAGGCUGCUUGUAUUGGAAAUGUCUGCUUAAUCAGGUCAUAGUUCCCUUUCCAAGCCAUACUCGUUGUAUCAUGAACUUGAUAUAUCUAUUCAUCCAGGUUGGUUGCUGAACCAAACAUAUUUGUGAUGUUAUUGUGUUGUUUGAGAUAACAUGGACUGACCUUUAUUCUGCUAUGGCCGAACACACGCCGUCGACAGCUAUUGAGAUGGGUGGAGAAGAGAUUGCGGUAGGGAGGACUGGUGUUGAAUCUGUUGAAGAAUCUGAGGUUCUUACUGACAAGAUGAUCAGAAUCGUUGCCGACUUGAACGCGCGCUACUCAAACAUGACACUUCGAGAAGAACGAUGUAUUCAUGAUGCGGAGAAACAGCUUAGGAUGUUGGAGGAGAAGAUCCGCACUAUGGAAUCCAAUCCGUCCAUAAUAUGCGACAACGAUCUGCAAGAAGCAUCCAAGUAUUUGCGGCUUGCAAACAAAAUCCGACAGCUUGUUGAGGAUUUGAGGAGCUCCAACUUCACCAAUGUAGACAAAGAGUGGGACAAUCUCUUAAUCCGUGCUUAUGACCUUCUUCAAAUGGCAAUGGCAAGGCUCGAGGAGGAGUUUGUUCAUCUCCUUGCACACUAUCGGCAGCCGAUGGACCCAGGAAGGCUAUCCUUCCGCUCAACCGAAGACGACAGUAUGGAAGAUUUCUCAAGCAGCUCUUUUGGCGAGGAGCCGAUUGAAGGUAAAAUUCAGGGAGAUAGUAGUUCGAGCCCAGAAGAGUAUAUAGUCGACUUGAUAAAUUCUCAUGCGAUUGCGACCAUUAAAUCCAUCGCGGAGGUGAUGUUUUUAUCAGAUUAUGACAAAGAAUGUUGUCAAGCAUACAUUACUGCUAGAAAAGAUGCGCUUGAGGAGUGCCUCUUGGUUCUAAAAAUUGAGAAAUUCACCAUCGAAGAACUUCUUAGCAUUGAGUGGAGUGCCUUGAGCAGCUUAAUUAGGAGGUGGAAUCGGGGAUUAAAGGUUUUAGUUCGAGUCUAUCUCGCCAGUGAAAGGCGCCUCUCUCAUCUUAUAUUUGGAGAACUCUCAAAAUCGGUGGCCGAUUCGUGCUUUGUGGAGAUCUCGAGGGGCUCAUUUGUUCAAUUCCUUAGUUUCGGUGAAGCAGUAGCAAUGGGGCCUCGCAAACCUGAGAAGCUGUUUCGGAUUCUUGAUAUGUACGAGGUUCUGUGCGAUCUUCUCACUGACAUAAGUUCUUUAUUCCCCAAUGAAUCAGGCUUUAGUGUCUUAACAGAGUGUAAUGAAGUUUUGCUCAGAUUGGGCGAGGCAGUAAAAAACACUUUCAUGAAUUUUAAGUAUGCGAUUCAGACAAACACUUCAACCACUCCAUUUUCUGGAGGAGGAGUUCACCCUCUCACGAAGUACGUCAUGAACUAUAUCAAAGCCCUCGUAGAUUAUAGCAAGACUCUUAAUUCACUCUUUGGGUCCCAAACCAGCGAAAACCAAAAUCUCUCAUCCGAAUCCACCACAAUGGCUUUGCAUCUACAAUCGAUAACUGCUGCUCUUGAAUUAAACCUCGAAGGAAGAUCUAAGCUAUAUAAGGAUGACUCAUUGCAGAACAUCUUUAUGACGAACAACAUAUGCUACAUGGUUCAAAAGGUCAAGGAUUCCGAACUUCGGAAAUUCAUUGGUGACGACUGGAUUAGGGUGCAUAAUAGGAAAUUCCAGCAGCAUGCAUUGAGUUAUGAGAGGGCCUCGUGGGGCCCGGUCCUCUCUUUCUUGAGAGAAGAAGGGAUCUUGAGCCCUAACUCUAGCAUGCCUUCGAGAACAGUACUUAAGGAGAGAUUUCGAGGGUUCAACUCUGCCUUUGAAGAGGUUUAUCGGAUUCAGACUGCGUGGUCAGUCCCGAAUUCCCAACUUAGAGAUGAUCUUAAAAUCUCGAUAUCAUUAAGGGUCGUACAAGCUUACCGCACUUUCAUGGGGAGGUAUGCUGCCUAUUUGGAUGGUGCAAGGCAUCGAGAGAGGUACAUCAAAUACUGUGCAGAAGAUGUGGAAAAAUAUCUACUGGAUCUUUUUGAAAGGUCACCAAAGUCACUGCCAUACGCACAUCGUUGGUGAGAUCAUUAGGAUGCUCAGGAAAAAAAAAGUCUAUGUAGAUUGUUUGUGCUUAUUCUUGUUAGCGUUUAUAUGUUUUCUAUUGAGUCUCACUUUGCGAGGAAGUUUUGAAUGAACGAUGUUUGUCAUUAUGUUGAUAGUUUCACAAUCUUGAAAAUAUUGAUGAUUUCAUGGCUUACAACAGGUUCAUCUCCACAAAGCGACCUACAUGGUUGUUUUAGGUCCCUGAAAUAGUCUGAUAUAAAAUGUGUGAAAUAUCAAAGUGCUAAACAUGUAUGGCUUACAUUACCAGUUUGAGUUUGAUUGUACAAUCAAAACAAUUGCUGCAAAAAUGCACUGCAUUGUCCCAGAAACCUAUGACAUCUUCUUUGCUGGGUUAA